AUGAGGAGGAUGCUAAAUUCAAGGAGUUAUGGGCCAUAUGAGGAGGAUGCUGAAUUCAAGGAGUUAUGGGCCAAGUGUAGUAAAGGGCAGCCUAAUGGUGAUUUUCAUAUUCGAGACGACUACCUUUUUAGAGGGAAUCAGUUGUGCAUCCCUUUUUCUUCCUUGAGAGAAAAGUUGAUCAGAGAUCUUCAUGGUGGUGGACUUGGUAGGGACAAGACAAUUACUGGUUUGGAGAGGUAUUAUUGGCCUCACUUUGGGAGAGAUGUUGGUGCUAUAGUCCAAAGAUGUCAUGCUUGUCAAGUGUCCAAAGGUCAGUCCCAAAAUACUGGUCUUUAUAUGCCUUUGCCUAUUCUUGAUGAUAUUUAG